UUACAUUAAUGUAAAUACUGAUAACUUAUAGAGAUAUGGGUAGUGGACAGAGCACACAGCCCAACUUUCAGAGGCGUUCCCAGCUGGAGGUGAAGGAUCACAUGGAACGGCUUCAGAGAAUUAGUGAUCUAAAAGUUAAACCCAUGGUCAAGGAUGGGGGCGUACUCGAACUAUCGAUGACACAGGUUGACAUGUUGUACAGAAUGAAGGAAACUCACAUAUUCGACAACUUUACAGUUCUCAAAAACGAUUUGUUACCUUACAGGAACCUGUCAUCUAGAAGUGUGCUUACUUCAACUAUGGGUAAAAUGCAGGUAUCAAUAAAGGAGCGUAGUGAUGGUAAGAUAGGCAUAGGUCUGGGGCUGAAGAAGUUAACAUCAAUUCCGGAGGAGAUAUGUUACAAUAGUGACAUGCAGCAGUGUACGUGGAUAGACCUGUCUAGGAACAAACUGGAAUCACUGGACAAUAUUGAACUACUGAUUCACCUACAGGAGGUUUACAUCGGUCGAGUAAUGGAACACGGUAAAUUGUACGGGAACACUUUCUCUCAGAUACCUAAUCAACUGUACCAGCUCCCCUUUCUCAAGAUUUUAGACAUGAGCGCGAACAGGCUGACAGAGCUACCUCCCGCAAUUGUGAACAUGCGGCACAUUGAGUGUUUGAGCGUCGCCAGGAACAAGCUCAAAGAGCUCCCCAAAGAGUUGGAGCAGUUGCGGUGCCUCAAGACCCUUUAUCUGGACGGAAACUUGCUGACAGAGCUGCCGGAGUUUCUGUCACGGUGUCACAGUAUCAGACGCCUAUCUGUGAGAAACAACAAGCUCACUAAAAUACCUGACGAGCUGCCGCUCAUGGAGGGACUGGAGAUACUGAACCUGCACGGUAACGAGCUGAUGGCACUGCCGGAGAACAUGGGCGAGUUUAUGAACCUGGUGAUCCUGAUCCUCAGUCAGAACAAGCUACGAGGACUACCUUCGUCUAUGGAGGCUAUAUCCACUCUGGAGGUGCUUGGACUUGAGAAGAACGCUUUUAAGUUUGUACCGACCUGCAUACACAAGAUACAGGGAUUAAGGAUGAUCAGUCUCAGCUUCAAUGAGAUCGAGGAGGUUGCUGAUGAUAUAGGACAGUUGAAGUACCUGGACAGGCUGUGGCUGGAGGGCAACAAGAUAGAUAACUUCCCUGAAGUGUUACCUUUAGCAGCUGAGCUAGACGAUCUACGAAUCGGAAGCAACGGGUUCGUUGGGUUGCCGGAUAGUAUUGGACAGUUGUAUGGAAUGAGAGAUCUCAGCAUCAACAAACUCGCACUCCACAAGCUGCCUGAAACCUUUGAGUGGCUUUACAACCUCCGAACACUGAACAUCAGCAACAACAACUUAUCCGUAUUUCCGGAGGAGAUAUUAAAGUUGAACUGUAUCCGGGAGUUGCAGUGUUCCGGUAACGGACUCAAGUGGAUCCCAGACAAGAUCUGUGACCUUACAAACCUGCAGGUGCUGAAUCUGAGAGAGAACAGUCUGAGAGAACUUCCCGCCAGGUUCUCAACCCUCAGUAACCUCCUCAUAGUGGACCUGUCACAUAACCAGUUUAGAGACUUGCCCCUCUCUCUGUGUGAAACUGUGUCCCUCCAGUACAUCGACAUAUCAGACUGUCACAUCUCCUCCAUCCCUAGUGACAUUGGCAAACUUAGAAACGUUCAGAGUCUGAUAUUGAACAGGAACACGUUUGAUAAACUACCCACCACUAUCUACGGGAUGGUCAAUUUGUCCGAGUUCAGGUUUGCUGAUAACGGAGUAUCUGCUCUGCCAGCGGAGAUUGUCCGACUUUCCAAGAUUUCCAUUAUUGAGUGUACCAACAAUCCCAUGGAGGACCCUAAUAAUACUAUAAUAGGUGCCGGCAUGAAAUCUAUCCGAGAGUAUUUUCUGAGAAAAUAUUUUAGUAUACAUAAAGGAAAACAUACUCUUCAAGUAGUUGAUGUAGUAGCUGUUGGAACUACAGGGGGCUCUCUUAAUCUUGUGAAGACCCCUGGUUGUGCUGAAGAUAGAUGCAGGUAUGAGUUGCAUCAGAGAGUACUUCCAGAGAAAGCUUUUUAGUGUUCAAGAAGGAAAACCAGCGUUCCACAUGGACGUUAGCGCUAUACGAGCAGCUGUUGGUACAUUGUAACCAUGUCAACACACUCGUCACUAUAGCAACACGCGCGUUACUAUAGCAACACACACGCGUUACUAUAACAACACACACGCGUUACUAUAGCAACACACGCGUUACUUUAGCAACACACGCGUUACUAUAGCAAAAGUCUUUUUGUAGUUUAAGAAAGCGGAACAGCAUUUUUGUAUUGCUAUUAUGCUAAUAACUUUUAUAGUGAAUCUUGUAAGGAAAAGAGUUUUUAACAAUUAGUAUUUUGAUAUUUUUUAGAAUUGAAAAAUUAUACAAAAAUGAUACACAAAAUCGACCUGGAACUAUUUCAAAUACAAAUUUCUUAACGGAAUAUUAUACCACACAGUUGUAUUAAAGAACGCAAUAAUUUGCCUAAGAGUAAGAAUAGUCAUAUCAAUUAUCAUUUAAAUUAGCAAUUUGUGCACUGAAAAUUACUUUUUCGUGUGAUGAUAGGAUGGAAAGAUUGGUACGGGUAAAAUCUUGGUUGUACUUGUAAUACCCAUUUUGUUAUAUGUAUACAUUUUGUGCGUACUGUGC